GAAAGCGGUAUCACGGUUCGGGUUUUUCCGUGUUCGCCAUGGAAGCAGCUACAGCAAGUACUACUUCCUCUCAGUCUCGCCAGAGAAAGCUGAAGAGAAAGCGCGCCGCCGCGUUGGCGAGUGACCCCCAACUCGACCGACUUAACUCGCUGCCUUGGAACCCUUCGUUUCCACGAAACAAUGACGAAGAUGAUAACAAUAACGAAAACGAUCCCUUUGCUAUGCUCGCUACUGGCUCCAACGAGCUCGAAGGAGGUUUCCUCUCGCUCGAGGAGAUCGACGAGGCUGAUUACGGUUUUUCCAUUCCUGAACCUCAAAUUAACGAGAAGAAGAACCAGAAGAAGAAGCAUAAACUCGACGAGAAUGUGAUAGAAGAGAAGAAGAAGAAGGAAGAAGAGGAAGGAGAUGAUGGAGUUGGCGGUGGCGGCGGCGGUGGUAGCGGUGAGGUUGAAGUGAAGAAGGAAAAGAAAAAUGACAAGAAGAAGAAGAAGAAGAAAAAGAAGACAAAGAAGGAUAAGAAGAAGGAGGAGGAAAAGGAGGAGGAAGCGGUUACCGAAAACCAGAAUGUUGAGAAGCCAGAUACUGGUCUAGAUACUGAUGUGAAGGAUGAUGAUGAUGAUGUUGGGGAAGAAGACUUUGAUGAAACUGAAUUUUAUGCAUGGAAUGAGUUGAGGCUUCAUCCUUUGCUGAUGAAAGCAAUUUACAAGCUUGGUUUCAAGGAACCGACACCAAUUGAUGUUGUUGGGGCUGCUGAGACAGGAUCUGGUAAAACACUUGCAUUUGGUUUGCCCAUUUUGCAACGUAUUUUGGAGGAACGGGAGAAGGCUACAAAGAUGGAGGAAGAAAGGGGUGAAGAGCCAGAAAAAUAUGCUCCUACAGGAAUUUUGAGGGCUCUAAUUGUUGCCCCAACCAGAGAGCUUGCUAUUCAGGUAACUGAUCAUCUGAAAGCAGUAGCUAAGUAUAUUAAUGUUAGGGUGACCCCUAUUGUUGGGGGAAUUUUAGCCGAAAAGCAGGAGAGACUUUUAAAAUCAAGACCUGAGAUUGUUGUUGGAACUCCAGGGAGGUUGUGGGAACUUAUGUCAAGUGGAGAAAAGCAUCUAGUUGAGUUACAUUCAUUGUCUUUCUUUGUGCUUGAUGAGGCUGAUCGAAUGGUACAAAACGGUCAUUUUAAGGAGUUGCAAUCAAUAAUUGACAUGCUUCCCAUGCCAAAUAUCUCCGCCGAAGAUAAUUCUCAACAUGCACAAAAUUGUGUUACAGUUUCAAGCUACCAAAGAAAGAAAAGACAAACUCUUGUGUUUUCAGCUACUGUUGCACUUUCUGCUGAUUUUCGCAAGAAGCUUAAGCGCGGUUUAGUAAAACAAAAACAAUCAUUCACAGAGGAACUGAAUUCUAUUGAAACUCUUUCUGAACGAGCUGGAAUGAGAUCCAAUGCUGCAAUUAUUGAUCUUACCAACCCAUCGAUAUUGGCAGCCAAGCUUGAGGAAUCAUUUAUUGAAUGCAGGGAAGAAGAUAAAGAUGCCUACUUGUAUUAUAUUUUGACUGUCCAUGGACAAGGUCGCACCAUAGUUUUCUGUACAUCAAUUGCAGCUUUGCGCCAUAUUUCUUCCAUACUGCGGAUUCUUGGCAUUGAUGUUUGGACUCUGCAUGCACAAAUGCAGCAGCGAGCACGUUUAAAGGCCAUGGAUCGUUUUCGUGAAAGUGAAAAUGGCAUACUAGUUGCUACGGAUGUUGCUGCAAGGGGUCUUGAUAUUCCCGGUGUUAGAACUGUUGUCCACUAUCAACUUCCGCAUUCAGCAGAGGUUUAUGUGCAUAGAAGUGGAAGAACAGCUAGAGCUUCUGCUGAAGGUUGUAGCAUUGCUUUAGUCUCACCAAAAGAAACGGCAAAGUUUGCUUCGCUGCUCAAAUCAUUUUCUAAGGACAAUUUUCAGCGGUUUCCUUUACAGAACUCAUACAUGCCAGAGGUUUUAAAACGAUUGUCUCUUGCACGCCAAAUUGACAAAAUAACACGAAAGGAUUCUCAGGUGAAAGCUGAGAAAAACUGGUUUGAUCGAAAUGCUAACUCAGUUGAAUUAGUUACUGAAAAUGACGACAGUGAGGAGGAACAAGUGAACAAACACAAGCAAAUGAAAGCCAGUUCUAAACAGUUGAAGACAUUGCAACAGGAGCUCAAAAUGUUGAUUUCACGUCCUUUACAAUCAAAGACAUUUUCACAUCGAUAUUUAGCAGGGGCUGGUGUCACACCUGUCAUGCAGGAACAAUUGCUACAAUUAGCAAAGCAAAAACUAAAUGAUCGCCCGGGCUCAGGAGUAGGCAAGAAGGGAAAAUUGGUUGUGAUUGGUCAAGAUUGUGUUGAAGCACUUCAGGCACUCCGGAAUGCUGGUGAAGAGGUGCGCAUGGAUGUCAAGGAUUUUGCUGGAAAACGGAGAAAUAUAGAAAAUCGGAAAAGAAAAAGAAAAGAGGAGAAGAAACGUUUGCGUGAUCAGCGAAGAAAGCAGAAGAAAAAGCUAAAACAGGACAAGGACUAGAAUUGCAAUACAUAUGAUAUAUAAAAGGCAAAUUUUGCACCAACCGAAGUUUUGUCAUUUGUUGCUGGGUAAUUUUAGGGCUGGGACUAUGUCCCAUAGUUUUAUCGUGAUUAUCCAUAGAGCUUUGAUUUCUUGUAUGAAUAGAAUAUAUCAUGAAAAUUUCAAUCGAGAAGUAGCGAAUAUGAUUAUGUCAGAGGAAGCUUAUGUCAACUUUGGCAGUUGUCAGCGGUAAUCAAGCUUGAAAUUCAGUGGUUCUGGAUUCACACAUAGACCAGCCGUGACUGAUCAAAAAUAGUUCUUUUUUCUUUUUGAUGUUAUACGGAAUUUGUUGUAGUCAUGUUUCAUUCAAAAGCAAGCUUAUUCUAAUGAAAACCGACAAGUUUAGGCUCUGUUCUCACUA